UCAUGCCUCGGAGUCCUACGUCCAGUGAGGAAGAAAUGGCCCAGAGUGUCUCUGACGGGUCUGGAGGUUUUGAGACAGACAGCUCCAAGGAGGAGGCUGGCCAUGGAGGACCUGGAGGGGAAAGGGCCAGCAGAAGGACCGACAGGAGAGCAGAGAAGGAUAAGGCCGCCCGCAGGGAGUCACUGGUCUUCUGUGUGGUCAUCCCUGACCUGCAGCAGUCUACAUGUAUGAGGUUUAAACCCGAGGCCACCGUAUGGGUUGCUAAACAGCAGAUCCUGUGUACACUGACCCAGACGUUGAGGGACGUGCUGAACUAUGGCCUGUUUCAGCCCGCCGUGGAGGGCCGCAAGUCUGGCUUCCUGGACGAAGAGCGCCCCCUCAAAGACUACCCUACACCCGCCAGCAUCAAGGGGGUUCCAACUCUGGAGUUCCGUUACAAGAGCAGGGUCUACCAGCAGCCCAAUGUAAACGAAAAGCAGAUUGCCAAAAUCCACACGCAGGCCAACUAUAGGAAAUUCAUGGACCACAUUCAGCAUCUCCAGCUGGAUAAAGUGGUAAAGAUGCUGGAGAAAGGCCUCGACCCCAACUAUCAAGACCCUGAUACUGGUGAAACUCCACUGACCUUCGCAGCCCACCUUUACAAUGUGGAGCAGGUCAUCGUUGUAUUGAAACAAGGUGGAGCACAUCUGGACUUCAGAUCACAAGAUGGGAUGACCGCUCUCCACCAUGCGGUCAGGGCCAAGAAUCAGGCCACGCUGAAGGCUCUACUGGACCUGGGCGCAUCUCCAGACUACAAGGACAGCCAGAGUCUCACCCCCCUCUACCAUACAGUCUUGGUGGAGGGAGACCCAAGCUGCUGUGAGCUGCUACUGAGGGCCCACGCCACCGUCUCUUGCCAUGACGAGAAUGGCUGGCACGAGAUACACCAGGCAUGUAGAUAUGGACAUGUCCAGCACCUGGAGCACCUGUUGUUCUACGGAGCAGACAUGGGUGUCCAGAACGCCUCGGGAAACACGGCUCUACACAUCUGUGCUCUAUACAAUCAGGAACACUGUGCCAGAGUACUGCUUGUUCGUGGUGCCAACAAGGAAGUGAAGAACUACAGAAGCCAGACAUCAUUCCAGGUGGCCAUCAUCGCGGGGAACUUUGAAUUGGCAGAAUUCAUCAAGAAUCACAAAGAGACUGAUAUUGUGCCUUUCCGUGAGGCGCCGGCCCAACCUGCCCGGCGCAAGCAAGCCCCACGGAGCACCCUCGCUGCACCACGGCCGACGCUCUUGCGCUCCAACAGCGACAACAACCUGAACGUGAACAACCGAUCACCCCUGCCGUCCCCGAGCCACUCUCCCCUGCGUAGCCUCUCCCCCCGCCGGCCCCAGCAGCAGCAGAUGCCCAGCCCCAAUGGAACAGUCAGGACCAUGGGGAAGGGGGCUCCCCGCCCUCCCCGCUCACCUUCCCUGGGGCGCCUGGGGGAGGAAGCACGGAGACAGACCCCUCAGCGACAGCCCAGCCCACACAGGGGUCGGGAAGCUUUCUCUGAUGGCAUAGACAGCCAGGGGCCCAAGCGUAAGCUGUACAGUGCUGUGCCAGGCAAGCACUAUGUGGUGACCCAGUCCUACCAACCACAGGCCGAAGGAGAGAUCCCCCUGUACAAGAACGACAAGGUCAAAGUGCUCUCCAUAGGGGAAAGUGGUUUCUGGGAGGGCAGUGCCCGUGGUAACUUGGGGUGGUUCCCAGCAGAGUGUGUGGAGGAGAACAUCCCUAACCAAGUCCAGGAGGAGAAACCAUAUGCCAGGGCAGACAGAGCUGAGAGGAGGAAGCUCUUCAGGCACUACACUGUGGGAUCCUACGACAGCUUUGAUGCGUCAAGCGACUGUGUUAUUGACGAGAAGACGGUAGUUCUACAGAAGAAGGAUAAUGAGGGAUUCGGGUUUGUGCUGCGAGGGGCGAAAGCGGACACGCCUAUCGAGGAGUUUACUCCCACCCCUGCCUUCCCUGCCUUGCAGUACUUGGAGUCUGUGGACGAGGGAGGUGUUGCGUGGCGGGCGGGGCUUCGCAACGGAGACUUCCUCAUCGAGGUGAACCAGGAAAAUGUGGUGAAGGUGGGCCACAAACAGGUGGUCAAUACGAUCCGACACGGGGGAAACCGGCUCAUCAUCAAAGUGGUGACGGUUAGCAGGAAUCUGGACCCUGAUGACACGGCUAGGAAGAAAGUGCCCACACCUCCGCGUAGGGCUCCCUCCACUGCCCUGUCCAUGGCCAUGCGCUCCAAAUCCAUGACAUCAGAGCUGGAGGAGCUUGCCACUUUGAGGAAAAAAGUGACCGGUGAUAAAGUGGACGAGAACAUGCCUCCUCAGAAGCCUAUGUGGGAGAACUCCAAUGCUGACGUAAGGGUCGCUAACACAGUCAAGUCACGGCCCAACAGCAGGUGCUUCGCCAUGAGCCCCGAGAUUAAUUCCAUGUGUGAGAGCCAGGAUAUGUCGAUGCAGACCCAGACCCAACCCAGAGAGCCAAGCAGUCCCAGAGGUCGAGGACCCUACCUGGGUGUGCCAAACAGACAGGGGACCAUGAGACGACAGAAGUCCAUAGGAACAUCUGGAAUAACAGAAGAGGAGACCCCUCAGUUUCUGACCCCUCCCAUGUUGAAAUUCACCAGGAGCCUCUCCAUGCCGGACACAUCAGAGGACAUCCCACCCCCACCCGCCAUCUCCCCUCCAUCUCCCCCUUACAACAACGUCCCCAACCCCCAGGGCAGAGGCUACGGCAUCAUCAGACACUCUGCUCCUAAAGGCACCGCCCCAGAGCGAGGGGACCUCACAGCGGGCGGCAGCGAUGGGUGGAGGGAGCAGGGGGGUAUGUACUACAGAGAGCCCCAGUCGGAACAGUACCAGUCUGAGGACCACCACCACCAACAGGGAAGCCACAGCCCAGGCCAGGGCCUCACAGCCCAGCAGAGCUUCCUGAACCGCAGGGCCCAGAUCCCUGAGAACCCCUACUCAGACCUGGGGAAGAUGGGCAACCUGGGGCUGUUUGCCCCCAACAAGCCCCAGAGGAGGAAGGGCAUGCUGGUGAAGCAGGACAAGAUCGAGGACAGCCCUGAGAAGAUCUGCACCAUCAAAAUCCCAACCAUCAUCAUCAAGGAGCCGUCUACAUCCAGCAGUGGUAAGAGCAGCCAGGGCAGCAGCAUGGAGAUAGAAACUGGCGCCCACGACCACCCGGGACAGCUCCGGCCCGACGACGGACACAACCCCAGCAGCCCCUUUGCCACGGCUAUGGCGGGCGCCGUGCGAGAGCGCGAGAGGAGGAUGGUGGAGUCUCACCAGAACUCCCCAUCCUACAGGUUCACCGACCAGGGUGACGAAGACUCACCUCCCGCCCCAACCCCUCGCCUCCGCCACUCCAAGUCCAUCGACGAGGGGAUGUUCAGUAGUGAUGAACGCCUGCGCCGCAUCAUGGCCCCACCUGCCUCUCUCCUCAACAUCCCCAGAGGAGGAGGCAAUGUGACGAACUUCAAUACCUCAGAGCCCAACAUGGUGAGGGAGCCACUCCACACCCGCACGGGUCACCACAGCCCGGUCAGUCUGCCAAACAAGACCUACACCUCCAGCAGCGGACACUACGUCCACCCAGUAACUGGAAAGCCUCUGGACCCCAACUCCCCUCUUGCACUGGCUCUAGCUGCACGGGACCGGGCCAUGAGAGAGCAGUCCCAGCCUCUCCCACUGAAGACUGAGCUACCCAAACCUGACCUGAACAAGCCUCUGUUCAUCGACACCAAGCUAAGGACUGGCAUGGAUGCGAGUUUCUCCGCGACGGCCACCAUGGGUCGACCAGGCAGGGCAGGGCUUCGCAGGCAGAUGACCGAGGCCAAGUACGAGACAGAGUCCAAAUACGACCACCCGCUGGCUAAAGACCAGGACAAGAGUCUAUCCCGGCCUGAGAGAGAAGAGGAGAAGAAGAACAUGUUGAUAGACAACGUGGACACGUCUCAGCAGAAGUCUGCUGGUCUGCUGAUGGUUCACACCACUGACGGAGCCAGGUCUGAGGAGAACAGCCUGUCUGAGGGGGACAGGGACGGGGCAGUGAGUCCGGACAGCACCCCCAGCGAGCUCCGGGAUCCCAACCAGCCUAACACCUCCAAAAUGUCCUCCCCUAACCCCCAUAACUCCCACUCUAUGGGCCCUGGUCCCAGAGGUAGUAAGACCAUGAUCACCGUCACCUCAGUAGAUGAGCCGGUCAAACUCCCCUUCGGCAUCCCCCCUCCGCCCUGCGUUCCCUCUGUUGACAUCGACGAUGACUUCUUCGCUGACCCACUGCCACCGCCGCUGGAGUUCGCCAACAGCUUCGACAUCCCAGAGGACCAGAAGGGGGCGAUCGCUGAACUGCUCAAACAGCAUCGAAACGCUGGCAGAGCCCCAUCGUCUCUAGCUCCCUUCUACCCCCAUCACGGUAACACCCCAAGCCACCCUGACCAGACAAUGAUCAAACGGCCUGCAGUGCUCACUAACUGUAUGCCCCCCAGCUUCACCCCCAACGCCCUGGAGAGCUACGAGCCUAUCAGUGACUCUGGGAUCGAUGUGGAGCCCGACAGCCGCAGUAGUGGAGACCCUCAAAUGGAGACUACGAGCACUGUAUCCACUGUGUCCAGUAUCUCUACGCUGUCGUCAGACGGUGGCGAGAUGCUGGACAACACUUGCACAGUCUAUGCAGACGGACAGGCCUUUUUGGUGGACCGGACCUCAAAGCCAAAAAACAGGCAACCUGUCGCCAACAAGAGUAAUGCACUUUACAAGGACCCCGCCUUGAUGGAUAGAGAAGAGAACCUGAGAACUUUCGGAACGCCCUCCUCUGUCCCGCCACCUCCCCCCGGGGCAUGCGUCCACUCAGAGCCCCCCAGAACACCAACGCAAAGGACCUCAAAGCUGUGGGGAGACCCGCCAGGCUCUAACCCCUAUGACAUGCAGAACAAGGACAAGACACCAAAGCCAGGGGAUGGGAUAGACUCUUCUUCCUCAGGAUGUAGGACCGUUUUUGGAUCAAGGGGUCCAGACGGUGGGUCCCUUGCCUCAGGUACACAGCGGAAUACCACAGUCACUUUUGCUGCCCAGCUCGGCCCGAGCGUGUCGGCCCCAUCUCCAAAACGAGAGACAGAGAGUCUCCCCCACCACCGAGCCCCCAGCCCCAUCCUCUCUCCUCCAGACUCAGGCCUCGGCUGUGCCUCCUCCCUCCCUGCAACCUCCCCCACCCUCUCGGAUGUGUUCGGCCUGCCCACCCCCCCUCUCAGCCUGGGCACGGGGAGCAGCCGCUCACCCUCCCCUCUCACUCUCAUGCAGGCCGUCUCCAACAAGCCUUUUGCCACCAAGCCGGUUCUGAUGUGGAGCAAGCACGAUGUGGCCGACUGGUUGGAGAGCCUAAACCUGGCAGAGCACAGAGACACCUUCAUGGACAACGACAUCGAGGGCUCCCAUCUGCCCAGCCUGCAGAAGGACGACCUCAUAGAUCUCGGGGUGACCAGAGUCGGCCAUCGGAUGAACAUAGAGAGAGCUUUGAAACUGCUGAUGGACAGAUGAGAAGAGAGGAUAGAGGUCUCUCAGUCUCCAACACAACAACUUCACAUAAUAGUUUUAUUUACAUUGACUUAUUUUAAACUAUACUUACUGUAUAAUUCUUAUGACGAUGCUUGUUUUGUUGAAACUUAGAAAUAUCCUCAUGUAUCCUGAAGAAACUGCAACUUGAAACAGCACUGCAGUUUCCUGAAUAAGCACAAAAGUCCCCCAGGGUGGGAUAGAGUGAUCCCAGGUGAGACACAGCAGCUCUGUGAGUAGAAAGUAAGGAAGCAGACACACAGGGACCUGGCUGCGAUGUGAAAUACACUACACUAUCAAACAGAACGGCAGCCUAAUCACUACGAGACUUAAGGACUUUUGAAAUCAACCUCAUUUGAAUGCAAAACCAGAGUCAGCUCUGCAGGGGUUUCAUUUUCUAUUGCAUCUCUGUUAGAAAGUAUGUGAACACUGAUCUCUUCAGGAAAAAGGGUGGGAAUCUGCACUGCACAGGGCCAGCGCUAGAACCAAUCAGUUGGCCGGGCACAUUUUUUUUUACGGGACCUCCUAUGUGUGUAAGUGCUUGGCCUCAAGGUAAUUGAGCAGUCAUUUAAUAUAUGCUAUCGCCAAAAUAAUAAUUUGGCUUGUAUUUACGAAGGUCUUAAGUAACAUUAGAAUACAACAAAUAUAUUUUAAAAAACACAAGAGCAUUUUCAUUAGUUUAUGUUACUGUGGGAUACAGUAUGUAAAAAGCUGAAAAACACGACGACAAAAAAACAUCCAAAUUCAAGUGUUCAAUCAAUUGUAUUGGUGGAGUGCCUUUGUUACAACUAUGAAACAGAAAGCAUAGGUGUGGGAACGCGGUAACAGCUUCUUUUUAUGACAACAAAAUAAAACACACCCCAACCACCAAGACGCGCGGUGUGCAGUCAAACGAUGAAAACAUCAGUAGCCUAAACAUAUAAGCGCCAAGUGUGCUUGAUAAACAGUGAAAAUCAUCACAAAGCAAUAAUGGCAUUUUACAAUGGAUAUACAGUAAGUGUCGAUGACAGCUGUAAGAAAUGGUCAAUUGUCAGUUGGAGAAUGUCCAUCUCAUAUAAACAACGACAGCGCUUGAGGCCUGCUCUUUCAGUGACGACAUUUUGUGCUGCUAUUUGGCCUGUAGCAUUGUCACCGGCUUGUUCUUUUCCAAGAGGUGCCAUCCCUUCCUCUCUCCUGUCUCACCGUUUCACUUGUUGGUGGCGCAGGCACCUGCUCAGUGUGUACCAUUCUGGCUUUUUUUUUGGCCUUUACGCCUCGGAGGUGUAGAUUCAGCCUGAGGCUCAGAAUCAGAAGAAUAAUCAUCAGAGAUUUCAUCGUGAUUCAUUUCUUCCCCACCAUCUGAAUCAUUUUCCAUUCAGAUUUUGUAGCAACGCUUGACAUUUUACAUUACGCACGCUCUCACUGUUUACUGGGGCGGCAGGGUAGCCUAGUGGUUAGAGCUUUGGACUAGUAACCAAAAGGUUGCAAGUUCAAAUCCCUGAGCUGACAAGGUACAAAUCUGUCGUUCUGCCCCUGAACAGGCAGUUAACCCACUGUUCCUAGGCCGUCAUUAAAAAUAAGAAUUUGUUCUUAACUGACUUGCCUAGUAAAAUAAAGGUAAAAUAAAACUCCAAGUAGUCCAGAAUAGGACUGAAAAGACUGCUUGGUUUCAGUGAACUAUACAAUAGACAAUAGAAUAGAAUCACAAUUGGUGAUUAUAGAAUGAUGUAUUGUUCGCUUCCCCUCGCUCAUCAACUUACCCAUUCCCCACAUCAUUAGUUUCAGUAUAGUUUAGGUUCAGAUUCGAGACCGUUAUUGGGGUGGUUAUCAACUGGGCAUGGCACUAUCAGGAGAAGAAGUGGAGCAGUAGGCAAUUGGGGGGAAAAAACAUGAUAUAACUGGUUCUGUUUGAUUCUAACAACAACAGUGUGUUUUAUAGACUUAUUUAGGAAAGGUCAAGGACGAAAGGGGAGUAGUGCAUGUUUUAAAUGAAUGAGCAGUCCAAAUGACCGCUUUAGCGGUGCUCGUGUGGGUUUUUAUAGUAAAGACAUUUAGCUGUAAAAAUGUAUGACCUUUUAAUGUGGCAUGAACACAACCAGUCAUGAUGUUUUUAUCUGAUUGUCCAGCAAAUCACUUCAAGAGAUAGGUUACCUUCGUGCAUUCGUCCCAAAAAGAAUCCGAGUGAGCGAGACAGCGCUCCUCUGUCUUACUCUAUGUAGCCCUGAUGUAGAUCUGAUGAGAUCUGGCAAAAAAAAAGAGAAUGACAUGCCAUGCUCUUUAAUUGCAGACACCGUCACAUACGUGGGCUGCACCUACUGAGACAGGGGGGGCGCUGUUUCGCUCUCUCGGAUGCUUUAUCUGCGAUUGAUGCUGUCUUUAUGUCUUCGCGCGUCUCGGUCAAAUGAAUUAUACGCCACAGUGGACGCGUUAUAAUACCCAUAAAAGCCGUGUAAUUCCCUCACGGACAAGGUGAGUUUUAUCAAUAUAUUCGCCUCAAUUGAAUAUAAUCAAUGUGCAAAGCUAGUUGUUGAUAAACAUUUACUUGUCCGGAGAGAUUUGCGCGGCUUGUACGAAGUAGUUCUAAGAUCCCAGACACAAAAAUGAAUGGUGACAAAAAUGAUUUCAACCAUUUCCUAGUUUUAUGACUCGUACUGUGUUACUCAAUAGGGCUUAGGGGCCGGGCCCUGCAGUGUGUGGAAUUCAUUUUUCUCUCUCCCUUUUUACCUGGGAUGUAGUUUGAUUUGAGGGACAGUGCAGUGUUUUCUCAGAUGAAGGUAUUGCACAUUUCUACUCCUAAAAGGGAGAUCACAUCAGAUGGAUUACAAAAUAGGUACAGUAGCAAGUUGUUGCCCUUAGAUUUCACUUGGCAUGUUUUCAACAUACUUUCAAGUUUGAAUAUUUGUUUGUAGUUGUGUUUUACUUGAGGAUGGAAAGUGGAACACAAUACAUAUUGAACAUGUAAAUUCAGUUUAUAAAUCAUUAUACUGUCUUCCACAGGAAGCUGAAAUGUGUGCCAACAGCUCUCCCUACUGUUGUCUUCUGAACAUGACAUGGCAGAGAGAGCAGAGCUUGGCAGUCAGGGCUUUCCAAUCGUUUCACCAACCAUCAUCCUUUCUUUCGCAGUCUUCUAUGUCCUCUGAGAGGAAUAAUACACACAUUAUCACAUUAGGUUAUUACUAUACCCUGAACUGAUGUUUAGGGCUUUGGGAUUGAAGACUCAGGAAUGGAUUACCCUCGUUCAACAGAGUAGCAGGGAUGGGGUCCAUUUCAUUUCAAUUCAGGAAGUAAAGUGAAAUUCCAAUUCUACAUUUUUCUCAUAGAGAAGCAUUGAAGAGAAUGUCUGUUUACUUCCUGAAUUUAAAAGGAAUUUAAACCAACACUGCAGAAUAGGCAUGUUUCUGAAGACGAACAUCAGUCACGUUUAUGCAACGAUGAGAAAAAGUAGGCGAACAAACACUAAAGCUGGAAUUUCCUUUUCCCCUUCCCCUAGAAUAGGAAUAGUUCAACUUGUUUGGCAAUCGAAGAGAGGCAGAUACCUCUAAGAAUCAAGUUGCUAGAAAUGUUGUAUGAUUAAUUGAAGUAUUAGAGAGAGUAUUUAUUCUAUGAUGGUGUUUUGAUGUGUUUUGUUGCUGAGGAAGAGAGUUGUAGAUACCCACAGAGCUCAACAGGAUGAUAGCUUCUUUAUAGAAUUAGGUGAUGCUUUUAGGGGGGGAUUUUUACUCCCAGUGACUGCUCUGUUCUGGAACACGUGGGAGCUACAGGACAUUUGCUAUACCUUGUGCCAUUGGACUUUGACAGGUCUCUUUUAUACAACACGUCUGAAAAUGGCCAGAUCCAAAACAGUAUCACCAGAAUAAGAAUGUCCUGAAGUGCAGCAUCAUUUCCCUCCGUGUUCUCAAAGCAGAGUCUCCUCAUACCAUCGCCAGUCCAAAAGAGCAGGGAUUCACUCAUCGUAAUGUUGAUGAGUUUAAAUGUAAUUUACUCUCCCCACUGUUUUUUCUUUCUGAAAUGGUCUGAAGUGGUAUCCCAGAGCACAACAAAUUCAGUGUAUGGGUGGGAUGUGUGUGUGAUCUAAUGAUGUGA